AUGUCGCUCAACCACAACGAAGAUCACCGCGAUGACGACGAUGAAGAAUCCCCCAUCUCUAUGGGCGAUCGCAUGGAUGCCCUCUUUUCCAAAAAGUGGAAGCAACCCGGCAGCAGUGCGGACAGUGUCACGGAAGCCACUACUACGUCGCAAGACGACAGUCGAUUUCUGGUGGAAGACGACAUGCCCGAUGAAAAUGACGACGACGACGAAUCCUCUUCAUCAUCCAGUAGCAGCAGUAGCAGCAGUGAAGAGGACUAUACUACAGCGUCUCCCCAAGAUCUCAAGUUCCGAUUGACAUCCAAUCUAUUCUUCUUGUUGGGAGCGUGCGUCCAAACGGUCACUGCUUCGUGGGAUGUCCGCGAUGCUCGUAUUGAUGCGGCAUACGACGCUUCCACAGGCGCCCCAGUAACAGAUGAUGGAGAGGACUAUAGUAGUAAUGACGGAGGAGGAGCAAUCUUCACCAGUGCACACAUUUAUCAGUUCCUCUUUGCGUUGGGACCCUUUCUCUAUAUCCUCAAUGCGCUUGUGGAAGUCAUUUAUUCUCUCACACUGCCUACGGAGUAUUCCAACAACAAUAACAAUCGACAAUCCUGUUUUAUUCUCUCUCGAGGAUGGCACAAGUGGACCAGCAGUAUGAUGACGAGGAAACAAUCGUAUGAACCAGCUCUACCAGAAGAAGAAGAAGAUCCAGAAGAACAAACAACACAACCAGUCACAACAAACACAGCCACCACAACCAGCAUUGACGAUGAACUAGUCGAUGAGAAAUUAUGGGAUUUCAUGGCAGCCGCCGUCUUUGGAAUUGGCGCCAUUCUAGAAUUCUACGCAACCUUUCUAGACGAAGCCAGCCACAUGACUUUUGCUGCUAGAGUCAAUAUGGUCUCCAUGCACACAUACCUGCUCAGUGGACUCUUGGUGAUACACAAACAACGAAAAUUACUCUGGUCACCUUUACAACAACAACAACAACAACGAUACCAAAACAAGGUCCGACUCCUCAUGGCAGUGGGGAUUAUCUUGUUCUUGAUUGGAUCCAUCAUGGACGUCAUUAUGAGUUAUCUCUAUGAUCCUACAUUGGAUACCACCCUGUCGGCGGUCACGCUGGCAUGGUGCAACUUGUCAUCCACCUUGUUGUGGAAUAUUGAUGCGCUCUGUUACAUUGGAGCCGAUUGCAUUGUGGCGGGCUUUUGCGCAAGCAAACGCCCGCAGUACCUUUGGCAAGGCACGACGACGACAAGAACCAUUGCUAGUACUAGCCGACAACGACGACAGGACCAUCGGACAAACGACAACAACGAUUUGAGUGUGCCACUCUUGGUCAGCACGUCCAACAAUGUCGCCACCAGCGACUCUUCCGUCUUCUCAUCUUCCUCAUAA